UAUGCUUCGAGUAUUCCGAUUCUUAGAUGUCAAAAUUCAUAUCUUCAGAUGUCAAUGUCAUAUGUAUUAUUGGUCAGUUGUAUGGCAAAUUGAUAAAUUGUAAAAUUGUUAGAAAUAUUAUUUUUUAAGCCCUACAAAUAGUAAUUAGUCUAAAUUUCCAGUCAUUAACCGAAUUCAUUAUGACCUGCCGUAAACCCAACUAAUUGCCAGUUUCGUUAGCAUUAUUUGCGACGGUAAGUCACUGAAAUAAACAAGGGCAUCAACAACAAUUUUUGCAAAUUGCUCAAUAACAGCAAUGAUUCAAGAAGUGGCAUCUGAAGAAACUGAGCCAGAAGACAUUAAUAAAACUAUAUUAGUGAAUACCUUCAGUAAAGAAACACGGAGAUUGAUUUCAGACUUGCUUAAUCCCAAAAAGCUGAUACCAACAGAUGAAGGCUUUUUGAGGGAUUGGCAUGGAUUGGCAGAACUAUGUGAGAUCCCUGGUGAACAUAUACCUAGUCUUGAAAGGGAUACUGAUCCUUGUAACAAAAUCUUAGAUAUAUGGCUAGAAAAGAAGGGAAAUGAAAGUACAAUAGAAGCUCUAAUAUCUUUCUUAGAAAGAAUAGACAGAUUUGAUAUUAUUGAUGACAUCACACCUCUAGUUGAAAGAGAUAUUGAUUAUUAUAAAAAAUUCCCAAAUGGCUACAAAGUACCUCCACCUCUAAUAGAUGACAAAGAUGUAUUAACCUAUGAUGAUGUACUGAGGAAGAAAAGUGGCUUACCCCCUCAAAUUUAUGAUGCAUUUGUUUUGUUUGCUGAAGAUGACAUAGAUUUUGCAGGACUCCUAGUAGAAACACUGGAACGUCAGUAUAACUUAAAGCUUGUCUUGAAAAACAGAGAUCUGGUUGUUGGAGUAAUGGAGCAUGAUUCUGUGAUCCAGCUGAUAUCAGAUAGAUGUAGAAGGAUGAUUGUGAUUCUCUCUCCAGCCUUCUUAGAAAGCAGUGCUAAUAGUUUUCUUUGCAGUUUUGCUCAACAACAAGGAAUCAAACAAGGCGAACGUAAGAUUAUCCCAUGUAAAUAUAAGGAUUGUGAGCUACCUCGGGAACUGGGUGUUUACUUUCUGCUCGAUUAUUCCAGAUCAAAUAGGCUAGGCGAUUUUUUUUACAAGCUGUAUUUGUCAGUGGUAGAUAUGGAUGCUUUAGUCAAGAAUAAAAGCAUGGAGACUUUGAAGCUCUCAGCCAAUCGCGUCAAAUUCAGCAGUAUGGUGAAUCUCCCCAUUUCUGAUGAGCUUUCGGCACCUCCUGCAGAAUCAGCGUCAAAUGGCGGGGCUUACUCAGAUUAUACCGAAGAAACGCAAGAGAACAUGCCAAAAUCUAGUCGCAAUAGUCUGCCUUGUGCAGGUGAUACGAAACUGAGAAAGAAAAACUCUAUAAUCAGGAAACUUCGACAGUUGGUGCAACCUAAGAAAACUGAAAUUGAAGCAAAUACUGAGGCGAAAUCCACAAGUAAGGAAGAACGACGGUGUACAAGCGGAAGGAAGAAGACCUUUUGGAAGAGUAGCAAAAUGAAGGUUCCAGUGGCGAAUUGAUAAUAUGGUUUUGUGAAAGGUACAAAGGAAUUGCUUUCGGAAGUGGCGCAUAGAUAGGGAUGCGAGUUAUAGUUUUGUCUAUAAUUUGUUAUUAUGGUCGACAACCUGGAAGCUGGAACGAGAUUAAUUUUGGAUGUCUCUAUUACCGUUUGGGAACGUUAACCAAUUUCUAACCCUAUCUACAUGUCACUACUAAGAAAAGAAUAAGGGAAAAUUACAUACAAUUUAUAAGGCUUCUAUUCCAAUGGGAACAAUAUAAAGAUUAGAAAUAAAAUUUAUUUUUGCAUAUCUUCACUGUAGUAUAUGUAUAAUCCCGUUGGAUUACUUUGCAUGCGCUUUUAUAGUAUUUACAACGAUUAAGAUAAUUCCGCUCAUUAUCUCAGGGUCGUGUUAUUUAAAUAUAUAAUUUUAUUGAACGUGGUCAUCUUUUGUACUGGUCGAUUCUGGUGAAUCAAAUCAUAGAACAUUGUAUCGGGUUGCGAUUUUGUGGUGAACAUUACCCAAUCAACUUUUGCAUGAAUCAUUGAGAUCAUGUGAAAAAACAAGGAAACUCAAAAUUACGGCCAUUAUGGGAAACUCGCAGAAUUUUUGAAUUGUUAUCCCGAAUAAAUUGUGUGCUAAGUUGGUAGCUAUGAGCCGCCUCAGGGUGAGGUUCUUUGUACUUUGGUUUUUGGAUGCAGUGGUUAUUUGGGCGCCACCUAGUUUCCAAAAACUAGGAAAUGAAAUAACAAGUAUCACGUUAAAAGAUAUACCAACUCACAAGGUACACAGACAUUUAUUGAACAAAAAAAAUUGAGGAGAAGUCCUGGACGACAGGUGAACAAGAAUGAAUUUAUGUAUUACCCCACUAGCUAAAUGGUUAUCCAAAAAAACUAGAAUUAAAAAAAACUCUUCGAACUGCUACCGCUGGUAGAAAAUUCCAGAUGUUACCCUAAAGCCGGAGGAUAGAACCCUUUAACAAUGAGGAUUCUCCAAAAAUGGGAGAACUGCUCCUCCCAGGCGUGAGUCCCACUUAUACUCGCGUUGGACUAACCCUGUAGGCGGUUUCCCUCCGCUCGAUGGUUGAGUGUAUCUGCACGGUUAAAUCCCCAAAAGGGUAAAAAAAGGCUGCGACACUAAGAACCACCAAGGGGCCGAUUUGUUACAAAACUACCCCACCACCCUUUGAAUCGCAGCUCAACGUGUGAAAUAUUCACAGGAUCGGGCAGUGGGCCGCAGACAAAUUUGUCCACCAGAGCACCGGAAAUAGCCCCAAGUCACAUACAGCUCUCGUAUUUACGGUCGACAGAAAUUAUAAAAAAAUGACCUAACGAGAUGGAGAGAAGAGUACGAUUUUGUACCACAAAAUUACCAGACCGAAAGAAGCGUUUUUUUAUAAAAAUGAAAUUCGAUGUUUUUAAGAACGGCUAUAAAUUAUGAUCCUAAAUAAGAAAAACGUUGUUUUAAACUUUAUCUAGAUGUAGUUAAUUUUAAGUCGACCAUAAAAAGAAACUGUAACAGGAUACCUAAAUCCUCAAAAAUUUGCCAGUAUAUCAACAGUAUACAUUUGAUUUCGAUGCUGCGUUUAUGGAAUUCAGCAUUUAAAAUAGUGAGCUGAAAUUACAUGGUUCGAUCCCGGCGACCAAAUUAGUGGAGAUGAAUCUGGUAAUUUUUGUCGUCCGUGCCUUUGAAAUGAAAUUUAUAACAUCAGCAAAGUGAAUAAAUUGCACUAUACGCCAGUUUUUGUUUUUAUAUGACACUUUUUAUUACAUCAUUCUGUAGAAGCGUAAAAUAUACCUCAUAGAUUGAUUGCAAUGACUAAAUGCCUUAUAAUCUGUGAUCAAAAAAUAUUAUUUUUAUUAUUCUACGUAUAUGUUCAUAGAUUAUUGUAAUGGAUAGCAUGUUAUGUAUUUAAUAAUAUGUUGUGCCUACGAUUAUCCAUAUCUAAGUUAUACAGGGUGGCCGAUAUGUAAUUGAUUGCCUUGUAUCUUGAAUAUUUAUGAAAUGAAAUAAAAUACGUCCAUUUUUUUCAUCUUAAUAUUUUAUUGAAACUCAGAAAUUAUGUAUGAAAAAUAAUAUCAGAAAAAUGUCCGCCUCUAGAAGCCGCGCAAACAUGAGCCUUCUUGGUUACAUUUUCACACUUCGGUAUUUUCACACUUCGGUAGGUUUUUGGAGGAAUAUUUUCGCUUCCGUAAUAUUGUUCUUCAGCUGCUCUACAGUAUUUGGCUUGUUGGCAUAAACCCUAUAUUCCAAAAAUCCCCACAAAAGAGUCAGCAGCCGUUAAAUCUGGUGACCUUGGUGGCCCGUUGACAUCACCAAAUCGAGAAAUUGAACGUCCCAGAAAUAUUGAUCGCAAAAGAUUCCUUGUUUCCCUAGCUGUGUGACAAGUUGCUCCGUCUUACUGGAACCAUAUGUUUUGCAGGUUAAAUUGUUGGAUUUGAGGAACGAGUAAGUUUUGCACCAUAUCACGGUAGCGCUCGCCAGGGAUAGUAGGAGUAUUACCUGUAGCAUCUUCAAAGAAGGUCGAAUGACACCUCCAAACCAAACACCGUACCAAACUGUGACUCGACAAGGAUGUAGUGGUCGUUGAUGGAUUGCACGAUGGUUCUCUAAUUCCCAGAUACGAGAAUUCUGCUUAUUAAUAAAUCCGUUCAUAUGGAAGUGGGCUUCACCGCUCACUAUCAUGUGUCGGUAAAAAUCGUUAUUUUGGGUAUUAAGCUGCAAUAUGCAUGACUGUAUUGUCAGCGACUUUCAGGAUCACUUUGCUGUAGUUCUUGGGUUAACUGAAUGUUGUAUGCCGCAGAUGCAAGUCUUUUUUAAAAAUAGUGCACACUGAUGUGCGACGAAUACCCAGUUCUUGUGAACGAUGUCUCGUAGACGUCUCAGGGCGCUCCACAACACUUGUACGAAUUUUCACGAUAUUUUCCUGAGUACGAACAGUUCGAACAAGGUCCGACCUUGGCAAGUCUUUAACUUUACCUGUUUAUUCAAGUUUCCGCACCAACUGACGAAUGGUGUUGACACUGGGUACAUUAUUUCGACCGAAAUCCUGUCGUAGCUUCCGAAUCGUUGCAACAAUCGACUCAUUAUUCAAGUAAAACGUUUCAAGAAUACGGACCCGUUGUGGGAUCGUGUAGCGCUCCAUGAUGAAUUGGACAUAUGUGCUUUAAACAGCUACUCGGUGCCAUCUACUGAAAUGCGUGUAUAAAAAUAGCGCGCAAUUUAAAUCAGGUAGUUAUAUAUUGGCCACCCUGUAUUAGUAUAUUAGUUGUAUAUUUUGAUCAUGUCCAGUUGUUCAGCGUUUUUCGUUCAUUCUCUGGUCGUCAAUCAUUGCACAAACUAGAUGAAUAUUGAGUCGUGCAUUAUUCCUCCUGUUACGCCAAUUUUGGGUGUAUUAAGUUGUUAGAAACGUAUAUUCGAGAGAAGGUUAUAAAAAUAACACCACAAGCUUCACAGUUUUUGAAGAAUAAGAUGCGAGAUAUUCAAGUAGACCGAUUUUUUGCUAUGAUUGAACAUUAGCUCAUUGCUAACUCUGGCUUAAAAUCUACUAAAUGCGACCUGCGAUAGCUUCUCAGUGUCUUAUAUCACGUUUAUAUAUUUACAAAUUCAACUUUCACCAAUGAGUUUUCUGAAAUUCAACUUCCUAUACCCUCCUCCUGGUUAUCUACAUAUUCUGGACAGACUUUUGUACUCUGUUCAGAGUCACCAUUUAGUUCCACAUCAGGCUUUUUCGCUUUUUUCACAUCUCUUAGUAUGUCUUGUCGGAAACAGGCCGAAUUUUAGAGACAAGUACAAACCAAGUUUCUGUUUCCUUGUCUUGUAUUUCAAAACUUACUCAGCCCAAUUUCACUAUUCGGUAGUUCAACUAGAAGUUUUUGCAUAAUGCGGUAACCGAAACGACAAAGUUUGCCUACCUCUUAAAUUAUUUAAAAGCUAAAUUGAAAGGAUAAAACUCAAAUGAAUACAUCUCCGCAAAUGUUUACCAACUUGAUUUUUCUCGUAUAAUUUUGAUACUUCACUUACUUGAAUUGUUAUGGAGGUCUUAAAAUGAUUGUUACCAUUUCCAUAUUUAUUUGACGUCAUUUAGUUUUAAGGAUUUUUUUUUGUAUUAUAUUACAAAGCUUGUCCUACUUCAGGUACUUCUGCCAUAUAUUGAAAUACGCCAUAAUAUUUUCCAAAAUAGUUAUCUGAUUUCAGAUUCAUUACAUAUUUUCUUUGGGCCAACGUAUACGAAUAUAUAUAUAUAUAUAUAUAUAUAUAUAGGCUGCGUUAAGGUUUCUGGUUUAGGCACUGUUUGGGAAGUAAUAGAUGUAAUGUAACAAAGAUAUAGGCAUUGGCGCCCACAGGAAGUUUUUUCAGUUGGUGGAUUAGACCUUGGCAAGAGGUAGCUUUUUGUAUCAUAUGGAAGUGUAUCAGCUCCCCUCAUACGAGUGCAAAUGAUUCCAUGCCAAUGUUGAUCAACAGAUCAUUAUUUAUGGAUCUUAGGAUAUAACCUGUUAUGGCGUAAUGACCUUCUUGAGCAAAGUAUAGGGGAUAGAGCGGAAUGAUUUAUAUAACCGUGGUAAAAAUAUAAAUAAAUGCACCUAUUAUAACGCGGGAUAUAGAUACCUCUAUGGCUUUAUUAUCCUUGAAAACAAACUAAUCUAUACUGCAACCUUCAGCUCAUCAACGUUGCAAAAAUGAUAGCCACGCGACUUUUUAUAUGCCACCAAGGAAAAAAUAAUCCUAGGAAGCCUUAUCCAGAUUGUAGAUUGGAUGAUAAUCAGAUUGUUUGAAGUCAAGGUUUUGAACCACUUAAUAUUCAUAGGUGGAUUGUCGUGCAACCAUUUACUCUCAUUAUUUGAAUCUAUUCUUCAAAACAUUUGCUUUUGUAGAGGCAAACUUGUUGCAAAAAGAAUAUAUUCACCGGUCACAAGUUUUAUUAGUGACAUAAUAAAUACAGCGUGUCUCAAGGCAGAGUUAGGAAUUUGAAAUUAAAUAACAAUAAAACGGUGCAGUUUACCAAAACUAUUUUUAUUUCGUUUAAAAGACCAUAUAUGCGGAUAUCAUUUUUUUUUUAAUUAUGUCGUCGAGAUGUUCCUAAUUUCCUUGCUCUCAAGAUGCCCCCACAGGAAAAAAUCCAUGAGGGACAAAUCUGGUGAUCGCGGAGGUCAUGCGAUAUCACCAAAUCGGAAUAUUAAUUUUCGAGAGAACAACCCUUGAAGCUGGUCCAUGGACAGUGGCUUCAUCUUGCUGAAACCACGUGCGUGAACUGUACGCAGGAUGUUCUUGCAGCUGGGGUAUAAAAUAGCUUGUUGUCGUUCGACCUCUCCCGUCUUCAAAGAAAUAAGGCCUGAUGAUUCCGUUCGCUGGGAGGGCACACCACACCGUUACUUUUGGGCUGUGCGUCUCUGAUGUUUUUCUUUGGGAUUGUGAGGUUCCCAGAAGCGAAAAUUCUGUUUGUUUACAUAACCAUUUAGAUGGAAAUGUGCUUCAUCGCUCCAAAACACCAUAUCCAAUGUGCGAAAUCUCUCAAUGAGAGUUUAGCAAAAGUGUUGCGGUAAAAUGUGUCAUUUUCCGUUAUCGCCUGCACAAUUUGAAUUUUGUAGGGAUGGAAUAUCAAAUCCGUCUUCAAAAUCCGCUCUACUGUGGAUUUAGUAAGGUUCAAGACUGCUCGAUGAUCGAGGAUUACGACGAACUCUAGCAUCGUUUGUUUCGUCUUCAAUUCUUGCUCGGGCCCGGCCUCGGCUGAUCUUGUAGUUUGAAACUUUUGCACCCAUUUACGAAUCUAGUUUUCGCUUGAUGCAUCGUGUACACGUCUUAUGUUGUAAUAUAAAAAAAACUGCCGCCGAGCCGUAACGCCUCGAUAGCGUAUGCACGAUCCGCGCCUGAGCACUGCGACAUGGCGACUGACAAAUCCGCACGAACGUUGAAUCUGCCGCGCACCCUCUUCAAGCGGUUUUUGAAAUAUUCAAUUUCCAAAUCCUAACUCUGUCAUGAGUAUUAUAAACUAUUCGCUUAGUGAGCGAUGAUAGCGCAGAGUAGAGGAUGUUAUACAGGAAUAGGAAUAUAUUUCUGUCCGAUGAUUCGCCCACCAAUGUAGUCUUUUUCAAGUGCAAUUGACAAUUGUCCCCGCAGUGAUAGUCGAAACGUCGUACAAUAAACAGAAAUCUAAACUUAUAUGUUGUUUUGACUUUGCCAGACAAUGGAGUCCUAUGAACAUAAAAAUCACAGGGUGUAUUUCAGAAGUUGCAUUAGACAAAUAUUUGUACGUGAUACGUGUCGCGUAAAAAUAAACGGCUAUUAAUAAAAAUGACAGAUGUUUAGUCGAUUUGAGAUUUGGAACAAGUGACAAAUGAUUAGAGCGAAAUGUUUGAACCUAUCGGACCUCAGUGGACCCCACAUGAUACGAUUUCACUAUAGAGACAAUAUCUAUAUACCACUAUUUGUCCGAUGAUGUUUUCCUGUUUGUCCACUGCACUAUGACAGUAACUGCCAACUGUAUGUUGUCCCAACAUGAUAAUUGUUUGCUUCAGUAACUUGACCUAUUGUGAAAAGGCUGCUUAGGGUGACAAGGCGGACCAGACUUUUAGCGCAUAUCACGAGUCAUCAUGAGCCGAACUACAGAAAGUAUAGACUGAAGCAACUAUACAUUUCGCACUCCGGCCUUAUAUUCACAUAAUAUAUUUGUUACAGCCAAAACUCAUAACCAGUCAAAACCACUUUUAGCUUCAGAAAUAUUGGGCAAUAGUGAUUUUGACUAAAUUGUAUUGGUUAAGUGGUAUUAGUCAAGAAGAAUGUAAGUCAAAACGCUUAUGGCUGGAAGUAUUGAAUAAGAAUGAUAGGUAAGUGUUUCUAAAAUCGUUAUAUUAUUAGACAAAUGGAAAUUCUGCAUAAUGUUUACUCGUGAUUAUAACUUUUGAAGAAAGGAAAUGAACAUUUUGUAUAAUUAAGAUUGUCAUCAUACAGUAAAGCAAAUUAGAUAACUUAUUAUUUAUCUACUAUGAAUACUCUUGUGUCAAAUAAGAAAAAAAGAAGAAUGAAAAGAUAAUCAAAUAAAAAAGUCAAAUUUGUACUUUUUGACUGCUCUGCUCACACUGUUAUGACACUUUCAAUUAUACAAGAAACCUUUUUUGCUGCAUAUACAUCUGUAUAAGAAAAAGGACAUAGGUUAAAUGGGCCUUUGACUGCAGAAAUCAGUCAAAACUGUUUUUGACUGGUUAUGAGUUUUGACUGUAACCUAUUCAUUUCUAAGACAGAUUUACAUUCGGUUAGAAGAACCCAAGAAAACUACGAUUGGUGGAAUUAGGUGUUUACUCGGUAUUCCAGUGCCUUGUCAAUUCUGUUAACAUAUCUUAUUUUGUCCCAUAUUUUUUAUGAAAACCACAUAAUAUACAUAUUUGGACAAAAUCUUUUCUGACUACAUCUCAAAAUAUCUUAACGUGUUUUUCAAAAUACAAGAUCAUUCAUUGUAUGGACUGAAUUUUGUAUUUUUUUUUCAAAUUAUUUGUAUGGUGCCUUCAAUGUGUUCUUCACCAAGUGCAUUAUUUCUAUGUAUUAUUAUAAAAGCUUGAGCGAAUUUAUUUUUAUUGUACAUAUUAUUUUCAAAUAAAGCUGUUAUUAAAA